AUGACAUGAUAGAACCCCAAGGCGGGGGUCAAGGCGUUUAGGUGUCCGUCGUGGGACAGAACAGAUGUUGCAUUCCCUCUCUUCCCACAGAUUUCUUAUAUUCAUGGCAUCCAAACCUCAACGCGUCCAUCAAAUUGCAGAGUCCAAUUUUCAGAGCGCCGCAAAGAGGGGAAGAACCAUGGCCUCGGCUACAGCCCCAGCCACUGAACCCGCAAUGAAAGACGCUUUUACUCAAUAUGCCGGAUAUCUCAAUGACCUUGAUGCCACAUUCACUGCGGUGUAUUAUUGGAGUCAAUAGGAUAUGCUUGGAUUGAGGGGUUUGGAGGGAAAGGAACUGGAAGAAUGACAAACGGGAAAGAGUGGUCAAAGCCAGCCGUGAUGUAACAAUGAAUAGCAAAAAAGUCAUAUUUCAAGUGCACAGGAUGAGCAAAUAUAAUAAAGUGGAAGUCCUUGAGAAAGCAGAAAAGGAUUUAGCUGCUGUGACAGAUCAGUACAUGUCGCGACUAGUUAAAGAAUUGCAGGGAACUGAUUUUUGGAAGCUAAGACGAGCAUACUCCCCUGGGAUACAGGAGUAUGUUGAAGCAGCUACAUUCUGUAGUUUCUGUAAAAGUGGAACUCUUUUGACGCUUGAUGAGAUACACAAAAUAUUGUUACCACUUAGUGAUUCAUGUCUUCAGCCUCUGCAAAUAAAUAUCCUUGACUACCUAUUAGGGGUUGCAGAUUUGACUGGAGAGCUAAUGCGUUUGGCAAUAGGUAGGAUAUCAGAUGGUGAACUUGAAUUUGCUGAAAAGAUAUGCAGAUUUGUGCGUGAUAUAUACCGGGAGCUUACACUUGUAGUGCCAAAUAUGGAUGACAGUUCUGAUAUGAAAACAAAGAUGGAUAUAAUGCUUCAAAGUGUCAUGAAAAUAGAGAUCGCUUGCUUUAGUGUUCAUGUAAGAGGAUCAGAGUAUAUUCCACUCCUUGGAUCUAAUGAUUCAAGUUCUUUCUUAUUGGGUGUUCCAGAUAUUGAACUAUGAGUUAUCCAUUGGACGCUUUGUAAGAUCAAUGUCAGUGAGGGAAUAGUCUGCUACAAGGUUUUGAAGGUUGAUAUCGCCGCAUGGACCAAUAUCAACAAUAUUUUUAUAAGUUGCUAAUGAUCUUUGACGAGGAAAUUUGAGCUGAACAUAUGACAAUGUCCAGUUCUCAUUUAACUUGAGAUGGUCAUUUCACAUAAUGUUAUUGAACUUGCACUAAAUCUUCUUUGAUAUUAAGAAAAAAUUGACAGU